GCUCCAACGAGAUUCGAGGCCCGAGCUUACAUUGCUAAACAGCGUCAGAAGAAUGGCAGUAACCAUUUCUCAAGCACAACACACGCAGGAUGCAGUCAAUCACAGCAAGAAGCCGACCAGCCUUAAGGAGCGCUCAGCUCUGUCUCCGCUACCGCUAUGCGACCGACGCACCUGCCUCAGCGCCGCCGCUCCUGCUAAAGCUCCGCUCCGACCUCAAGACGGCCAUGAAGGCCAAAGACACAAACCGCCUCAAUGUCCUCCGCGGCCUCCUCGCCGAAGUCACCAAUGCUGCAAAGACAGCCCAGCCUCUCGACUCUGAUUUGAAGCUCUUGAGUCUGCUGCGCAAGCGUACAACAGCUGCCAAUCAAGCAGCCGAGGAGUUCUCAAAAGCUGGUAGACAAGACUUGACGGAGAAGGAGAACGCAGCUAUCAAGGUGUUGGAGGAAUAUGCUGGUAACGUGGAGGUUGUGGGUGAGGACUAUAUCAAGGAGGUUGUGCAAAAGACAAUUGAGACUAUCAAGGCUGAGGCCGAGGGCGCCAAGGUCGUGAUGGGUGAUGUGCUUAAGAAGCUGUUGGCUCCUGGAGGCGCCUUUGAGGGUAAGCCUGUUGAGAAGUCUCAGGUUGCAAAGGCUGUCAGGCAGUUCUUGGAUGCGAAGUAGAUGCCUGUUCGCGUCUCCGCCAAGCUCCCCAAUACACUCCAUUUCGUUUACGAGGAAACCACGUCCUCGAGCCACUUUCCAAAAUGUACAAAUAUCGCGUCAUACAAAUGUAACAACAGUCAUCCAUCGCACCUACCUCGCACGUCGCUUUCCUGCUCCGCAUGAAUUAAUCAUCAUUCAUCUCACAUCUUCAUCCAUGUUCAUCUGCACGACCACAAUCUAAUCUUCGCAUCCUGGCCAUGGAACAUCGUCUCGCUCCCUGGAAGUCAUCAACCAGAGGUCGCUGGCCGUUCAGCAGGUGCACAUCUUCAGCAACCUUGCACUAGUGAAAAGUCAACGUUCGCACUGGCACUCUUGUACGUCAUUGAGUCCGCCGUCUGGAUGUCUUGAG